GACAUGAAGACAGUCAGCGAGUACCUAGAGAGCGUGCUCCAGGAGACGGGUGGAUUUGGUAAGUUCCAGGUUCUCCUGUAUGGCAGCAUGCUCUUCAGCAAAGUGUCUAUUACUUGGAGUCUCCUCAUCAUGGCGUUCGCUGGGGCUGCUCCUGAUUGGUGGUGUGUCUACUCCAACACGACCGAUGUCCAUUCUACCGUGAACUACAGCAGCAUAUCGAACACGACCAUGACGUCACCGGCCCAUGACGUGUUUCUAGCGUCUAAAACAUGCUCACCAUCUAUAAACGGAUCAAGCUGCCAAGCCUUCCUAUUCGACGACAGCAUGAGGACAAUCAUCAGCGAGUGGGGAUUGAUCUGCGACAAAAAAUGGGUGACAGCAACCGUUUCUUCGGUACAAAUGGCGGGUCUUCUCAUUUCCGGUUUUCUAGGCGGACAGUUGGCGGAUCUGCUCGGGCGGAAGAUGACAUUUUUCGUGUCGCUUUUCAUUUUAUCUGCCUCAAAUAUUGUGGCUGGAUUUUCCCAGUCUUGGUUGAUGUUUGCUGUAAUCCGCUUUUUUAUCGGAGUAGGAUGUGGGGUGUACCUCACCGUAGUCUACACAUUCUCUGUAGAGUUCACACCAACUAAAUUCCGUCCCAUCCAGUUUUGUAUUCCUGAUGUGUCAAUCUGGGCCGCCUUGUUGGGGCUUUGCUCCUAUCUGUUGAAAGACUGCAGUAGUUUACAUAUUCUUACCGGAGUUUUCACUGGUCUCAGUCUUUUGUCGUGGUGGAUUGUUCCAGAGAGUUUCCGAUGGUUAGUGUCACAUGACAAAUUGGCCGAGGCAGAUAGUGUUAUCAAGAAAAUUGCUCACAUGAACAACCAUCCCAAACCCGAUCUUAAUAAACUCCAAGCUGUCCUUGAGUCGGAUAGCACGUUUCAAGGAGACAGAAAAUAUACAUUUUUGGAAUUAUUCCGAAAUCGAACGCUUUUGAUUAACACUGCAUUUGCUGGCGUCGCUUGGUUCUCCUGUGGUUAUGCCUACUAUGCCAUUUCCUAUAGUGUGGACCAACUCUCAGGAAAUCUCUACCUCAACAUGUUUCUUCUUAGUGUCAUCGACAUUCCCGCUCUUAUGAGCAUUUGGUACCUCAGUAACCGUAUCGGCCGUAGAUGGACCUGUCUUGGAUACUUUGUGAUUGGAUCUCUCGCUUGUCUGGGCGUGGCCGUAUCUCAAAUGAUAGAUGUGGAAAAAGACCUCCAGAAAAAUCUCAUUAAUGGAUUUGCUCUGGCGGCCAAGUUUGGUGUUUCUGCUUCUUGGGCCGCCAUUAUGGCCUUCACAACGGAAGUGUAUCCCACUGUCGUCAGGAACAUCGGCUAUGGAACGCAGAACUCUAUUUCACGGAUAGGAGCUCUGAUAGCUCCACAACUGGUUCUGGUGAACAAAGAGACCCCAGGGGUUAUGUACAUCAUUUGUUUUAUUGUAACCCUGGUAUCAGCCAUCAUGUGUCUUUUGUUGAAAGAGACAAAAGACAAAACGAUCGGAGACAAUUUGGAGGUUUCGGUAAAGCGGAAGUCGGACGAUCGUGUGUGAUACAGUUGAAUUAUGGGUGCAUAAGUGAUACAGUGGAAUUAUGGGAGCACAGAGGGGGUGGAGAGAAGGAUCUGAGCAUUUGACGCAUGCGCGCAUCAAUGAUAUUAUCGCGUUACACAAUGUUGGAUCAAGCAUUGGCCCAAAAUUACUCAUAUAAGUAUUAUUUGUCAAAAUUACUCUAUAUCAAGAUUUUGAGACGUGUAGUACUAGUGCCCAUGCAGGCAGGUAGUAUCAUUUUUGAAAGCGGCCAGCCGUAAAAAAUGACAAUCUUUAAAAAAUUUAAUUAUCAUGAUUUAACUUUGCUUCAACAAAAACUAAGGGAUCAACGGCCGACAUUUUCAAUGGUAAAAAAUUAAUUUUGGUAAAAAAGGGCAGCGUCAUUCCCUGUGCUGAUCUACUGAUAGUAUGUGCCUAGUAUUUCUGAAUGUUAAGUGUUGAGGUUGAUACCCUCGAUAGCAACAUGCAAAAUAUACAAAUUAAUACAUUAUCCGUCUGUCAUACAAUCAUUAUGACAUUAUGACACUUAUCUAAAUACCUAAAUAAAUUAGGUUUCAACCAUACAACUACAUUAGCUUCCAUGCAACCAUACAACUACAUUAGCUGUCAACCAUACAACUACACUCUCUGCCAACAAUUCAACUACAUUAG